GGAAGUUUUACUGGGUCGGUGAAAUGUCAAAAUUUUGCAAUUCGCAGAAGAAAGAAUAUUUUUCGUUGUGAGUGAAAAAGCGUAAAUUUCACAAUUUCCCGUGACUUUUCCACACUAAAUCCAUGCAAUGAGGAUGAAGUGGCGCCUGAGGAUUCUAACUAUUGUGCUUCUGGUGGAUUUGGGGGCAUGCCUGGACUUUACACAGACUGUUUUUGGUUCCUACGGGACUGAUGGGGUCCCAGCGGCUUUUGGGGACUUCAAUUCGGACGAACUGACGGAUAUGUUUAUGCUGCGUGAUGACUUCCGGACAGUGCAAAUUUUCCUUGGAUCAGACACGGAGCCACUGCUGAAGGAGGGUCCCAAAUGUAGCUUUAAAUCCUUGAAGAUUUCCAAUGUUGUUCCGGGAGAUUUUGAUGGGGAUGCCCUGAUGGAUGUGAUGAUAACGGCUAAGACGGAAGACGGGAAGUUGGGUGUGUAUGUUAAUUGGGGUGGGCAGUCGUAUAUAAAUUGCACGAGUGAAGAGGAGAAAAUCCUGGAAGUUCACGGAGAGCCAAUGGUGCUGGAUUACAAUGAUGACAUGGUGAUGGAUCUCUUUGGGUUGGAACGUUUACCGUCUGGCGUGGAGAAGAGAACCUUCUGGCUGUUCAAGAAGGAUCGUUCUGCACCGGAAGUACGGCAGAUGCCAAUGCUUCACAGUGCCAGCCUCAGAUUGCCCCACUCCCACGCUUUCUUGGAUCUCAACCAUGACUUCACAGCUGAUCUCUUCCUCACGGCUGAAGGGAAUUUUGAAGUGUGGAACGGAACAGAUCUUCACAAUGGCUUCCUCUUCAGUCAUACCAUUGAUCUGCCAACAGGACUCAAUAAGCACGUGGGUCAGGCAAUUUUCUUAGAUGUCGAACUCAAGGGGAACAUAAACGUCGUCCUGCCCAUUUGCUUCGACAGCAAAUGCAGCAAUUCCACCAUUCUCGUGCACAACGGUCACAAAUUCCACGAUCUCGAGAUAAAUUUCAAGGAUCCGGACAACAAACAAUGGGGCUUUGUGGUGCCAGAUGAUGAUCUCUUCACGAAUGCCAUCACCCUUCGUGGGGGUGACUUCAACAUGGACGGCUAUCCGGAUCUUCUGGCUACGCUGCAGCAACAUCCCGGCGGCAUCAUUCAGACCUUCCUCCUUGAGAAUGUUCCAAUGGAUAGGAAACCUAAUCCCCUGUCCAGGACAUUUGUGGUACGUUGGAAGGCUCUCGCACCUUUUGCCAAUGGAACAGUUGCCGGAGCCUUUUACGACUUCUACCAGGAUGGCAUUCUUGAUGUGGUGCUGGUGGAAAAGGCAAAUGGGAAGUACAGAACGAAGGCCUUCCGGAAUUCUCUGGACUACGAUGCGAAUUUCGUCAAGGUUAUCGUUCUCACGGGAUUAAUGAAUAAGGAUGUGCCGACGACAAAGACCCCCCUCGGGAGGACAAAGAAAACUUACGGAACAAAUCUCCCUGGACCACGAAUUGCUUACUAUACAAUAACCCAGGAUGGGUAUCCGCAGUACGGGACGUCUCCGCAAAUCCCCCAAUCAGCAUAUUUUGCCCUGCAUUUGCCCUAUACGAUUUUUGGCUUGGGCAGAACACCGAAUUUCGUUGAUUCCAUCACAGUGGGUUUGGCGAAUCGUUCCCGAACGUGGACACAACUCAUCCCAAAUUCACAGGUGAUUGUUAUCCCGUGGCCCAUUAAGGAGCCAUGGCGCUGGAAGGCGCAACUCUUUGUGACGCCGAGUAAAUUAAUUCUCAUGAGUAUGGUGGCUCUCGGGGGGACGUGUAUUGUUAUCAUGCUCAUCAUCCUGGGGCUGUACAUCAAGGAGAAGCGUGAGGAUAAAUUGGAGAAACUUCAGGAAGCACACAGAUUUCACUUUGAUGCAAUGUAGGUCUUGGCGCAUUGUUGAUUCUUUUUUUUUUCCUUUUUAAAUGUGAUGCUAAAACAACCCCUCAUCCCCUCUAUAAUAAUUUUUGCCCUUUUAUGUAUGUAUAAAUAUUUAAUCAAAAUGAAAAAAAUCGUAAAAUAUAUAGAUUUAUUUAUAGAAAAACAAUAAAAA